AUUCACUCCUGAAAACACCCAAACUCCUCUGAACAACACAACCCAGUCCAGCCCCAGACACAACCAUGACCGGCUCCUCCUGUGGCUCCUCCUGCUGCCAGCCCUGCUGCCAGCCCUGCUGCUGCCGAGACCCCUGCUGCUGCCGCCCAGUGUCCUGCCAGACCACAGUGUGCAGGCCAGUGACCUGCGUGCCCCACUGCACGCGCCCCAUCUGUGAGCCCUGCCGCCGCCCCAUCUGCUGUGACCCCUGCUGCCUGCAGCAGGGCUGCUGUCGCCCCAUCAGCUGCUGCCCCACCUCCUGCACUGCUGUGGUCUGCAGGCCCUGCUGCUGGGCCUCCACCUGCUGCCAGCCCAUCUCUGUGCAGGCCCCCUGCUGCCGCCCCCCCUGCUGCCAGCCUGCCCCUUGCAGGACCACCUGCAGGACCACCCCCUGCUGCAGCUGCUGAGAGCCCCCAGACCCACAGGGCAACUUCCUGGAGCUCCAGUACCUAGUCUGCAUGUCAGUCAGGAUCAAAGAAAAGUAGAUUGUUUGCAAAAGGUGACUCCCUGCAGGACUCUGCAGUCAGACAGGAGACAGCAUCUGGUGUUCUGAGGAAUGCACAAAUUCUUUCCACCUUUGCCCCAUUAAAAGAGACACAUCACCUUUGCAACUUACAUGCUCUUCUAUAACUAUGUUAGGUAGUAGCUGACUAUUUUCUCACGUAACGUUUCUAGUUCUAAUCUUCUUUGAUAAUCUUAGGCAAAAUUUAAGCUUUUGUCAUUGGAAUUCCUUUCUAGAAAAAAAAAAAAUCUUGAACUAAGCUUUAUCCCAUGGACUCCUCAUUUCUCUCAAAUCUAGUUUUGUCAAGUGAGAUAUUCUCCCACAAUAAUAAUAUAUUUGUGCUUGUUUUGUGUGGUAAACACAAUUAAAAAAUUUCUGAGAAGCAAA